CGAGGCGGGCGCAGGGGGCGGGGCCGCGGGGGGCGGCGGUGUACUUGCUGCGCAGCUCGCAGCUGAAGCCCGUCCUCGGCUGUCAGCGCGGCUCUGCGGUUCAAGCUCCAAGAGGCCUGCGGGCUGCGUCCACCAUGUUGUGCCGGGCGGCGUGCAGCGCAAGCAGGAAGCUGGUGCCGGGCCUGGGGGCUCUGGGCUCCCGGCGGAAGCAUAGCCUCCCCGACCUGCCGUACGACUAUGGCGCCCUGGAGCCCCACAUCAACGCGCAGAUCAUGCAGCUGCAUCACAGCAAGCACCACGCGGCCUACGUGAACAACCUGAACAUCGCCGAGGAGAAAUAUCGGGAGGCGCUGGAGAAGGGCGAUGUUACAGCUCAGGUAGCUCUACAGCCUGCAAUAAAGUUCAACGGCGGAGGCCACAUCAAUCAUAGCAUUUUCUGGACAAAUCUGAGCCCUAACGGUGGUGGAGAACCCAAAGGGGAGUUGCUGGAAGCCAUCAAACAUGACUUUGGUUCCUUCAAGAACUUUAAGGAGAAGUUGACCGCCGUAUCUGUUGGUGUCCAAGGCUCAGGCUGGGGCUGGCUCGGUUUCAGUAAGGAACAGGGACGCUUACAGAUUGCUGCUUGUUCUAACCAGGAUCCCCUGCAAGGGACAACAGGUCUUAUUCCACUGCUGGGAAUUGAUGUGUGGGAGCAUGCUUAUUACCUUCAGUAUAAAAAUGUCAGGCCUGACUAUCUGAAAGCCAUUUGGAAUGUAAUCAGCUGGGAGAAUGUAGCUGCGAGAUACAUGGCCUGCAAAAAGUGAAACGUCAGCCUUACCCUGAGCGCAUCAGGCUCUUUAUGACUAUGUUUGUAGUAGUGCAGAGAACCACGCAUACCAUCACACCCUAAUGAUCCCAGCAAGCUAAUGCCCUCUGUUCUAAGGUACGCAUGGUACAUACUAAAAAUCCUGUAAGGUCCUGGAGCGUUUUCACUUAAUUAUUCAUUAAAGAAGCAUUUAUUUUCAUAUUGUAAGUGUGAAGCUUUUUGAUUAUUAAUAAAAGAAUCUGUUAACCAUCAAA